AGGGAGGGCAGAAGCAAGAGAGAGCGAGAAAGAGAGAGUGGGAGACAAGGAGAAAGUCCUGUCAGUUCUAAAAGGAGGCGAGGAACUCUUUGGCAGGUGGGCCAAUGUUUGCUGGGGGUGUCCCUCUUGGAGAUGGAGCAGCUCCCUCUUUGCUUCUCUGGCUUUUCUUCCUCCACCUCCUGAGGAUCUCUAGAUCCCCACCAGAUGCAUCAGGACUUCCCAAGAGGGCUUCCCCGUGGCUGAAAUGAUCCCUACCAGAUGACUCCGGCAUUUUCUGAAGCUUUGGCUGAACCAUGGAGAACUGCUUGCUGGGGCUUCUUCUUUGGUGCUUCCACCUCGAACUCCUUUGGGCCGCCGGGAUCUUUCAGCACCAACGGUCAGCUCCACCCAAGCCCAGGACUCCCAAAGCGAAGGAAUGGAUACCUUCCUCCUCGUCUUCUUUGGCUUCAGCUUUCACUUGGAUGCCUACCCCUAACUUGGAUAAGACUGAUCUGGAGGGAUCAGAGGCAGCAGUGGCCUUCCUGUACUCUGGAGAUGUGUUGAGCCUCUCGCAAGCCAACUGUACACGGAGGUUUGAGGUGAGGGAAGUGGGGAAGGCCUCCGGCCCUCCGCCAGCCUUGCGUUCCUACCUGCACGGCGCUGUUGACACCCUGACCCAUGCCACCAAUUUCCUCAACAUGGUCUUCCAGACCAAUGACAUCCGGGAGUCUAGCGUGAAAGAGGAUGUCGAGUGGUACCACGCCUUGGUCAGAAGCGUUAUGGAAGGGGAUGUCCAGGUGUACCGAGCCGUGCUGACCUUCGAUGCCCACCCGGUGUCUUCCAAGCCCCAGAUGAUGCUCCAGGCCACCAAGGAGAACAACGAGAUCUUGCUCCAGGACCUGUCAGCCUCUGCUGAGAGCCUAAGGAAUUUGACUUGGGAAAAUGAGUGGUACAACUUCUUCCGGUUCCAGAGGGCUCCGCUGCUCUACAAACGGAUCCUCAACAAUGACCUCAAGACCUUGGAUACCCCCAAAUGGAGCCUGGGUGAUAGCUAUGUGAUGGAUACAGGGCAUGUCAAAUGGUCACUGCCUUACCUGGAAUGCGAGGAUGGGAAAUUCUUGCCAACUUGGAUGGUCACACUGUCUUCUUCCUUCUACGGCCUCAAACCUGACCUGAGUCCAGAAUUCAAAGGGGUCGUGAGGAUGGAUGUUAAAAUCCAGAAUGUUGAUAUAAACCAGUGCGCCAGCGGACAGGGAUGGUUUGCAAACACACACCAGUGUGACCUCAACAGUACACAGUGCAUCCCACAGGAAACCCAGGGUUUCGUCCUCGGAAGAUACCUUUGCCUCUGCAAACCAGGUUUCUAUGGGGCAAGCAGAGCCGCCUCUUCUCCUUCCUCCACCAAUAAUGGCCAGCCUGGAGAAAGAGCUUUCCAAUAUGGAGCAGUGGAGUAUGGGAACUUGAUGGAGUGUCAGCCCUGUCAGGAGGGAUGCACUACCUGUGUAGAUGGCACACCAUGCUUGAUCCAGGAAGAUUGGUCCUUGCGGGCUGCCGUCCUGGUUUUCCAGGCCUUCUGCAUGAUGGCAGUUUUCUUCAGCAUGCUGGUGUCCUACCACUUCAGGAAGAGCAAGAGGAUUCGAGCUUCAGGAGUUGUUCUUCUGGAGACGAUACUCUUUGGCUCACUCCUGCUCUACUUCCCUGUGUUCAUCCUCUACUUUAAGCCAAGCAUCUUCCGCUGCAUCGUCCUCCGCUGGGUGCGCAUGCUGGGUUUUGCCAUCGUCUAUGGAACGAUCACUCUCAAACUGUACAGGGUCUUAAAGGUCUUUCUCUCCCGCACGGCCCAGCGAGUCCCGUACAUGACCAGUGUGCGGGUCCUGAAGAUGCUGGCCUUGAUCUUGCUCUUGGUGCUUUGGUUCUUAGCCGCUUGGACAGUUGGAAUGCUGGAGAACAUAGAGAAGAACAUCCCACUGGUGGUCCGCUCCCAGACCACCAGGGGCCUCCAGUUUUACAUCUGUGACCACGAUCGCUGGGACUACAUGAUGGUUGUGGCUGAGAUGCUGUUCUUGCUCUGGGGGAGUUUCCUCUGCUACGCCACGCGGACAGUCCCUUCUGCUUUCCACGAGCCUCGCUAUAUGGGCAUCGCCCUCCACAACGAGUUGAUCACUUCCACGGCCUUUCACAUCGUCAGGUUUUCAAUGGUUCCUUCCUUACACCCGGAUUGGACAUUGCUGCUGUUUUUCAUUCACACGCAUGUCACCACCACAAUGACACUGGCGCUUCUUUUCAUCCCAAAGUUCCUGCACGCAGGGUCGCCCUUGCGGGAGGAAAUUGCCACUGAGGUGUAUGAGGACGAGCUGGACAUGAGGCGCUCGGGCUCCUACCUGAACAACAGCAUCACCUCCGCAUGGAGCGAGCACAGCCUUGACCCCGAUGACAUUCGGGAUGAACUGAAAAAGCUUUACACGCAACUGGAGGUUCACAAGACCAAGAAGAUGACGGCCAACAACCCUCACCUUCAGAAGAAGAGAAGUUCAAAGAGGGGCCUAGGCCGCUCCCUCAUGAGGCGCAUCACUGAGAUCCCAGAGUCUAUGUCCCGGCAGUACAGCAAAGAGGAGAAAGACGGGUCUGUGGGAGGAGGGAGCGGGAGUCGGUCUGGCUCCUACAAGCGGAGGCACUUGGACUCCGGCAGCUCAAGCGUCAAACUGAAAGAGGAGUCCUCUUCCAAGCGUAAGGUGGCCUUGUCGCUAAAGAAGUCCCACAGCACCUACGAUCACACGAGGGACGCCAAGGAGAACAACCUGCCAACCAGGCACGACAGUUGCAAAGAAGCUCCUUUGCUGGACUCAUUGAUGAGGAAAAAACUAGCCAAGAAGGCCUCAGAGAGAUCCAACAGCGACUCUCUCGAUGACUCGGCCCCUCUGGUUUACAAGUCAGCCAGCGCUCACAACCUGUUGGCGGAUAAGAAGCCUCUCCACCCGAAGCCUUCGCCUCUGCAGAAAUCCCUCAGCGUGGUCACCAGCGCCAAAGAAAAGGCCUUGCUGCUAACUAGCAGGGCCUACUUAGAAGACAGCAGUAGACUAGCCCAAGCCAAAGAGAGGAGAGUGGCUGCGGAAGAUUCCACAAUGGAAACGGAGGUCUCUGGGUGCACUGAGAUUACUGACGUUGCAGCAGGGAAACAGCUACAGGCAGACGACACAUCAGAAGGAACCGUGAGCUCCCUUCUGGAAGAUGGCAGCUCCAGCAAAGACACUGUAUGCCCAUGGGAAGCUGCGACAGCCCCAUCAACACCCUCAGAAAGCAGGUCCCAAAAACAUGUCACGUAUGCCCCUAUCAGAAGUGUCAGCAUCAACACCUCUGAUUUGCCUGGGAAGAGACACCAUGGCAGCAAGAGGACACCACCGGAACCCCCUGUCAGGCAGCAAAGUUUGGUUCACAGCCUCGAAAGGCAAGACAUUGCGCCUUGGGAUGCUCAGGACCAAACGCAGCCUUCCAUCCCGUCCCACAAGAGAGACCCCGAAGACGGUCCAAUGAUGAUAAACACGCAUCCGGGGGAAACAGAGGAGUCUCCGGCAAAGGCUGAGAUGGAAAGGACAAGGCACGUAGAAGAUAGUAUGCCACCUUCUGCCCCGGCGGGACUGACCAGGCUGGCCUCCAUUGCUGCAGAAGUCUGCCCUUGGGAGGUCAUGGAAGUGCCCGUUUCAAGCAAGAAAGACCCAGAAGCGAGCGAGUCGGACAGCCAGAAGAGCUCCCCUGAGAAACAAUCCCAAAGCCCUCAGAUCUCCAUACCCAAAAGCUCCAUGAAAAGCAUAAGUCUGGCCAUUAAGGCAUUCAAUCGCUCGAGGAUAAAGACAAGCAUAAGAGCAAGAAAAGACAGUGAAGCAAGCCCAAGAAAAAGUGAGAAAGACGCAGGGGGGAAGAGUGAAAAACCUAAAUUGGCAGAUGCAGCCUUGACUUCUGUUGGAGGGUCAUCAAGGCAACAGGUAAUGUCCAAGAGCCCUAGGGAGAGCAGGGCAAAAGUAGUCAGCAAACAAUCAACCAUCUGCCCUUGGGAUGAGGAGGAGGCAGCGGCGGCAGCAGAAGCACUUCCCAGCCCGAGCAAAGCACUUGAGGUCUGCCCUUGGGAGGUGAGCCAAGAUGGCUUUGUGCAGGGCACAGCAAGCAGCACAGAAAGAAUGGCAUCCAAAAGUGCUGGAGAGAUCUCCCCUAUCAGGCUGGAAAGGGCCAAUAGCCAGCGAGGAUCUGUAUGCCCCUGGGAGACCAUCGAGGAGGAUCAAAACAGAGAGGAUAAAACUGCCCGCCUUCCUCCAGUGGUUUUGAAGACAGACAGCAAGAAAGCAGAGGCAUGUCCUUGGGACGUGGCAGACAUCCCAGCUGGCACACAAGGAAUUGACCCACAGUCCCAGGAAAUCAGCAGCGCCUUCCCAGGGGAUGAGACAGCAAAAGAAGGCAAAGAGAAGCGUUUGGAAGAAUGCAAGAAAGGGACAGCUUUGAGAGAGGCUUUUCCAAUGGAAACACCAACAGCGACUCAGAGGAAAUUAGAUGAUGAUGCAAACAUCAAAGCAUCAAUAUGCCCUUGGGAGAUAAGUGACAUAUUGCCGGAGAAAUCGAGAGCGGAUUCAGGAGGGGUUGAAGGCAAAAAACCCAAAAGUCCACCCUCAGAGGAUACCAGAGAUGUUCUGUCUAAGAAACUGGAGAGAGAGAGCAGUCAGCGAGGCUCUGUUUGCCCUUGGGAGAAUGCAAGUGCUGAAGUUUCUCCCACGAAACCUGCUGCCCAAAUGCCAGAACUAUCCAAAGUCACUUUGAAGGCAUCAAGCAGUGGGAAGAGUAAGAAGGUGGAGGUCUGUCCUUGGGAAACUGAGACGGCUGAAGUGUGUCCCUGGGAAGUGGCUUCAUCCCCAUCGGAAAGAGGGAUGACGCAGGUUGAAGGAGCACCUUCCAAGGGUGUUACAAUGAAGGCAUCACCAGAGGACAACAGACAACAUGACUCUGUCUGUCCCUGGGAGGACAUUGAAUCGGAGGAUGCUUUGAUGAAACCCAGCGACCCGAGAAACACAAGCUCAAAGAAGUCUGAUAGCUCCCAGAGCAAGAAGGCAGAGAUUGCCCCUUGGGAAGCACAAGAGGCAGACUCGGAAAUUCAGACAGCCAUAUGUCCCUGGGAGAGUGAUGAAACCCCAACAACAACAAAAGAACUUAAAAAGGAUGCAAGUGCGGUCUCCAAAGAGGAGAAGAAAGGAACCAAUGGGAAAAGAGAGCUGGUCACAGGUAGUGAGGAUUCAUUUAUCAGGCCUAAGCCCAAGAGCCUCCACCGCUCCAAAGGCAGCUCAAAGAAAUCAGACCGCACAGAAAGCCAGAAGGCAACUGUUUGUCCUUGGGAAACCGAGAGGGCUGAAGUCAGCACCAAAGCAGAAAUCUGCCCCUGGGAAGUGCCUCUGGCUCCCUCGGAUAAAAGCUCCUCAAGACAAAGUAUAGAUGAACCAACAAAAAGGACUGGAGACAACGUGUUUAAACCUCCAGCGAAGGUGAGCAGUCCACGAGAACCCAUUUGCCCUUGGGAAACCGUGGACAUUGAUGACCUCUCAUCUGGACCUAGUGUGAAGACUCCAGGCCUAUCUAAAGUAGGCUCUAGAAAAUCCAGUAGUAUUGAGAACCUCAAGACAGAAGUGUGUCCAUGGGAAAGUCAGGAAACAGAGCCCAGUACCAAGGCAGAUGUAUGUCCAUGGGAGAUGCCUGAAAGCCCAGUAGAUAAGAGCCCAACACUGAAGGGAGCUGGGGCUCUUGACAGUCCUAGGAUGACUCCACUGAAACAAACAGGCCAUUCUAAAACAACCGAGAAGAUGAGCAGCCCUCAAGAGUCUCUCUGCCCUUGGGAAAGUGUCGAUCCCAGUGAACCGUCUGUUAAACCUAGCCUGUCUAAAAUCCCUUCCAAGAAAUCCGACAGUGCUGAGAGCUUAAAGGCGGAGGUUUGUCCAUGGGAAGUGGCUGAAGAAACUGUCUUGAGAAAGGGCAGCGAUGGCAGUGCCUCCCCAGUGGGUUUCUCUAAAGCAAUGGAGAAGCUGAGCACCUCACGAGAGGACAUCUGCCCAUGGGAGAGCAUGGAGCUUGAAGAACCUUGGGCAAGGUCCAGCACCCAAAGUCCAGCCCUGUCCAAAGCUGGCUCAAAGAAAUCUGAUAGCGCUGAAAGUCUAAGGGCAGAGGUUUGUCCAUGGGAAACCGCAGAAGAGGAAGAGAGUAGCACGAUAGAAAUGUGCCCGUGGACGGCAGCCAUGGCCCCCUUUGAAAGAGGGAAGUUCAGGCAGGACCCUAUUGGGGCUUCAAAAGGGAAGAAAGGCAAGCCACCCCUGAGAAGUCCAGACACAAAGAAAGCUGGGGGAGAAACAGCAUUUAAGAAAAUAGAGAAGUCAAAAAGCCACCAAGAGUCCGUCUGCCCUUGGGAGAGUAUGGAUUUUGAGAAACCUCCUGCCAAAAGCACCCGAAGUCUAGAUCUGUUGCAGGUCAGUUCCAAAAAGUCUGAAAGCGUUGAGAGUCUAAAAGCUGAGGUUUGUCCGUGGGAGUUCCAGGAACUCCAGACAGACAGUAAUGCUGAAAGAGGCCCGUGGGCAGUAGCUGAAAGACCACCUGAGAGGAAGGAUAAGGGCCGGGUUUCCAGCGAUGAAACAAGCACCACAUCUAUGACAAGACGUUUGAAGAGAGAGGAGAACGUGAGCAGCCCACGAGAAUCUGUUUGUCCUUGGGAGAGCCUGGAACUGCUGAACAGCCAAGGUCCAGACCUGCCCAAAGCUGGGUCCGAGAAAUCGGACAGCGUUGAAAGCUUGAGGGCAGAGGUGUGUCCUUGGGAAGUCGAGGAAGAGGAUGCCGGUGGCAAAAUGGAGACGCCCACCCUGAAGGCAGCCCCAGCACCAGCCAAUGAAAGGGCAGUAAGUAGAGCUUCGAAAGGCCAAACACUGAAAAGCUCAGGCUGGAUGAAAGUUGGGGGAGAAACUAUCUCUAAAAAGAUAGAGAAGACCCGUAGCCAUCCAGGAUUAGCAUCCCCUCGCAAAGAUAUUGACGAGCUCUCGGCCAAACCCAGCAGCAAAAGUUUAGACCUGUCCAAGGUUGACUCUGUGGAAUCGGACACUCUCGCACGUCUAAAAGCCGAAGUCUGUCCAUGGGAAACACAGGUCAUUGAAGCUCCCGCCAAAGCUGACGUGUGUGCCUGGGAUUUGGCGGUUGCUCCGCUAGAGACAUUCAGUAAGGCUGUGGCUGGCAUUUCUGAAGGGGCUAGGAAAGCAGGUCCUAAAGGCCCUGUAAAAACGGCCAAAGCCCUGGAGAAAGGUACCAGCUGUCGAGAAUCGGUGUGUCCGUGGGAGAGCACAGAGGCUGCGGAAGUCUCGGUAACCAGCGCUUCCGCUGGCGCUUCUUCAAAGAAGUCUGAUAGUGCCGAAAGCAGGAAGAGCGAGCUCUGCCCUUGGGAAACUAGUCAACCGGAAGCAUCCCCCAAAGAGGAGAUUUGUCCGUGGGAAGCAGGAACGGUGCUGCCCGCUAAGAAUGAAAGACACACAACACACAGCAGUGGGACGGAGAUGCCCAUGGUCAGCAGGCAAAGAUCCCAGAGCAAACAGGAGGGCCUGGCUGGACAUAGGCCACUGUGCCGCAGCCUUGCUGACCCCAGGUUACAAAAAGACUUCAGCAAAGGCAGAAGCCCACCGGUGGGCAUGUCGGCCAAAAGCGGAGGUGAAAGUACUGCGGCUGACCCCACAUCGGCUGGAAAAGACUCUGCUGAAACCAGAAGCCAAGCCUGCUCAGAGCUGUGUCCGUGGGAGGCAGAAGCGACGAGCGCCACAUCUGCCGCCCCGGCGAAAAGCAAAGCAGGGCAGAAGUCACAGGCCGACGAAGGCGAGGGGCCUAGCAAAGCCAAAUCUGAUAUCUGUCCUUGGGACUGUGACUAA